AUGGCGGAGCAGACGUACAAGGAAGACCCGGAGUACUACAUCACCGACCAGCUCGACGUGUUUCUCGUCGAGGAUACCCUCUUCCGAGUCCAUCGCUCCCUUCUCGUGCAACACUCCCGCGUUUUCAAAAACUUGUUCGUCGACGGUCCGCCGACGCCCAAUGGAGUGGGUUCCUCGGCUGAUGGUCCUAUCAAAUUGAAGUGUGUACCUUGGAAGUCCAAGAAUGCUCCGCUUGCCAACGUCGACGCUUGCAGCGCGGAGCCUCGAUUCGCUCUCGACCCUGAGGGGUGGUUAGCGGUCUUGUGCGUUGCACACCGCUACCAAUGUACAGGUAUACACGAGCGCGCGUUGGGUUACCUGAACAAAGGUUUCAAUGCGUUAUACGUCAAAGAUGAACUACCUCAGAAGCCUGGAACGUUCGAUGGCAUUAGCGAUUCAGCACGAAUCCUCGCGGCAGCGGAAGCCCGUGGUAUCUCGGUCAACUAUUUUGUUCAAGGGGCCCUUCGGGACAUUGUCAUGCGCAAGAACUCUCUAUCACUCGCAGAGCUCAAACUAUUGUCUUUGCACUUGGUCAUGCGAUUAGGAAAUGCGCGAGAACAUAGAAUAUGGCAGGGAAAUGGUGCCCAGGCAAAGAAUUCUGUUAUGGAUGCCCGUUAUGAAUUAUAUGUCGCGAACGUGACAUGGCCGAAACCUGCAAUUGAUGAUCCGCACUUCACUCUCUUCCAGGCGAUGAGCGAACCCGGUGAGGAGUGA